AUGUGGAUUCCCCAAGGCAAGAUCGCUUCAGGUUUUGGUCUAGGAAGAGAUAGUGUUGUGUUUGCCGAUAUCAACGGCGACGGGAAGGCUCCUUAUAUUGCCCUCUCAGAGACAGAUGGUAGUGCACGUUUCUGGUUGAACGGUGGCGGGCCGGAUGAUAGACCUAAUGCCACAAAGGAAGAUUGCUUAUGGGAUUGGUAG